AUGUCUAAGAGGACCGUCUUCACAACGGUGACGCCGUUACCAACAGGUAUCACACGAGAGACAGUUAUGGAAACUUUGCGCUCGCAUGUCGAAAUGAUAGAUUUGAAUCCUCUAGUGGAAGAACGUCAUCCGAUCAAACCUCCACCAAAUGCUACUGCCGAAGAAUAUCAUUGUUUAUGGUACUCUUUGACAGAUCGAGUACAAUAUCUUCCUGGGGGACUGAUGUCCGGAAAAGUCUCGUAUACCUGCUGCUUUCACGAUCUCGAAAAUGGACUGCAAACACACUGCUAUGCGCCCCUGGGAUUGAACAUCAGAGGAAAGUGGACUCUUGGUGGGUCGCUACCCGGAGAACCAGUUGCGCCAGUCGAAAUGGGAGUUAAUGUACCUUUACACGGGUUAUGGUUGAGAGAGGAUGUUGACAUGAAAUGCAAUAUUGUUAUGACAAGCUUUGUAAAGAAAACCCUCAAGAAAUCACACUCCGCGUUAGUAAACCGUCUACUGGUUAAGGCUCAACUUCUAGAUCGCUCUAUCAGCAAUGCUCGACUGAAUGAGAGGACCCUCAGUACACCAGAAUAUGCCACACAACGACAACGACCCUUUUCAACACAAACGCCCUUAUCACAACCAUCGACUACAUAUUCUCCAAUCAGCGAUUAUGAUAACGAUAGUGUAUCUGCAGAGUCGGAAGUUAGAUCACCACAAUACUCUACAUUUGCUGCGCAAAACACACCAGCUUCACAGAAAUCAAAGGUGUGCCCGCCAAUAACCUCACAGAGUCCUCAACUACAGACUUCGCAAGUACAUCCCGCUCUUCGAGUUGGCCCACCUCAACCUCAAGCAAACCCCGAGUUUAACGAAAAGCCCAUCUAUCCCAAAUACGAUCCCUCAGCUUAUCCUCGAGCUCUAGAUGUCCGCCGCGAAAGUGCAUCAUCUUGGAACGGUUCUGAUCAGGGCUCAGGAAAUCCAACAGGCCGCGUGUCUUACCAAAGCUCUGCUGAUAGCAUGCACAAUGAUAACAGGAAAAGAAUAGCGUCGUGGCAAAACCCAGUUGGAAGCAAUAUGUGGAAUUCAUCUCGACCACCAAACCCAGGAACCCAGGGAGCCGCGGCUCAUUAUCGCAUUGCCUCUUCCCAGUCUGGAUAUAGCAAUCCGAAUCCUGCGCAUGAAAGGAGGGAUGAAUCAGGCAGACAAGAUAUAGGAAAUAGGGCGAUUCCGCCUCCGCCGACUUAUCAUGCUGAGUUGGAAGGAUAA